AUGUCUACAGUUUCGAUAGCAGCAUCUACAAAACCACCUACAACCACUAUGACUACAAGUCCAAGAACUAAAGGACCAGCUGGUACUACUGAUUACGACUACGAUUAUAGCGACACCGGCACUCCUGUCUACCAGGAAAAAUUGAAAGAUUGGACUAAAUAUGAAUUCCCAACCAGAUCACCAGUGACGGACUUUGAUCCUUUACCAGUCGACAUAUACGAGGAUGAAGAAGAAGCAACUAACCAGAUAGCU